AAACACCAAAGAUAACAGAAAUAUACAAAACAUAAACUGUAAAAUUUUACAUUUAUAAAUUUUAAGUUCUUUUGAACACAAUCAGAAGCUAACUUAAUCUCCAAUUAUAAAAUCUUACAAUAUCUACGCACACCAAAAACUUUUUUUGAUGUGCGUAGAUAUUGUAAGAUUUUCUAAUUGGAGAUUGUUGAUAGCAAACAAUUUACAUUAUAUUUAACACUAUAACAUAUUCAACGCUAUAAUCCAUUAUUUUCGGUUAUAUUUUUUUCAUCACAGAAAACAUCCAUCGGUUUUGGCCAAUUUAUUUUGGUUACACUUCUCGUCCAGUUCAGAUAGUUUUCUCCUUUAGAUCCUAGUCCGAUAACUAAUAAUUAUAUAUGCCUCAAUAUCUAUAACCUCAAAAUUCUGCGUGAUACACAUGUUUAACGUUAUAAUAUUCGUAUAAGCGAUAGAUCGAAAUCUCUAUAUUAGUAUUUUUGGUUUGUGUGAUUAGAUAGACAAUAUUCUCUAUUACAAAUUCUACAAACUAUAAAAAAUGAGAUAACGUCCCAAUCAACAAAAACUCUUUUUUUUCACGCAUUCCUAAAUUGAAAAUAUUUACUUUCUUUCAUGCAGAUUAUCGUUUGGGCACAUUAUGUGAAAUCCCCAUGAAAAUCGGUGAGUUGUAAGACGAAACAUCUCUAAUUUCGUUUUGAAUUGAGCAACAAAGUGGUGGUGUCCACUCUUAAUGAAACUAGUAUUUGCAGGCAAAUAAAUAAAUAUGUAGGUAGCCAUUAUGAUAGCCAACCUUCUGAGUUCUAGAGAUAGUACAAAGAAGAAGAAGAAAAAAAUUUCUCGGUUCUAUGAUACAGAUCUCAGGUUAUGUACCUCAGUCUCAGAAUACUACUGAUUCGAUCAGUAAGGUGAUAUUCGUCGUGUUCGAUAGAUGUGUUAAUUCUUAGUUCUGAAUUCUUUAGAGAUAUUGGUCGCUCUUUAUUGCAAGUGGUAUUUAUAUCUUGUGUUUGUUCUUGCUAGUUUGUGGAGAUAUAAGUGUUUUAUGAUGUCUGAACUUGAAAAUCAAGUAAACCCCGGGAGUGAAGAUUGGAGUAUGGAUAAUGUUGGUGAAUUUGGUAGUAGCAGCGAUGCAGAUAGCUCUUCAGGAGAGGAAACUGCUAGAAUUGAUGAAGUAAAGCAAGCUAGCAAUGAUUCAGAAGUAGCGAAAGACGAAAACGAUGAAAUGAAGGAAGAUUUGAAAAAACUUCGCAUAAAAAUAAAAAUAAUAAGAACUGCCAAAAAAACUACCUACGAAAUCGUAAGGCGUAGCGAUGACAGGGAUGAAUUGAAAGAAAACACGCUACCUCGAGAAGAUACAAGAAAGAGGAAGAGGGGAAAAACCAAGACCAAGAAAAAGGAAAAAUUCAUACAAAAUCCACACAAUUUCGCAAUGGAGAAGAGAACAUAUGAGCAAGAAAAAAAAUUAGCCAUAGCCAAAGGAGAUUUCGACAGAGCCAAUCAAUUGGACAUUAGUUUGGUUGAGUUGCAGCUAAGAGCUUGUCAUCUUGAUGAGGUCAUGACCUCCACGAUAUUUAGCAUCGCUCAUAUCAACGACCGGAAUAGGAGGAGGAAUAUUGAAGAAGCUGAAAAGGCUAUUAUGGAGGAACACGCGGCAAACAACGGAAAAGAGGUUUAUGAUCCUUUCAAUAGACGUCCCAUACGACCUGCACCAGGAGUGGUAUCCAAAUCACCACCACAACCAAAACCAGUUGGACCUGUAAGGGAGACGCCUAGACCUGAGAGGAGAGUCUUAGUGCCGAAAAGGACUCACAAUCUCAAACCGUACGAGAGGCAUUGAGAAUCUGUGGAUUACGAUCUCGAUGUUUUUGAGUGAAUUUGUCAAAAUUUCAAGAAUUUCCAAUUUCACUGAUUGGUCAGGAACAAAACAUUGUCAAUUUUUAAGUGCUGAUAUUAGUACAACGUCAGUGAUACGAUGCAGCAGAUUUUCCCAGUGAAGAAAUGAUUAAUGAAAGAGAAAAAAAAAAUUUGAUAUAUGUACAUAUUUGAAUAAUACUGUUGUAAUUCGGAUAAUAUGCAAGAUAUUUGCAUUAACCUAGUGAAAAGUUGAUUUUACAGAAAAAAAAUGAUUGUAUUAUAUGUGAUGAAAUUAAUAUUUCAGCCUUCAAAUGUUCUUGUUUAGCAGUUUUUUUUAUA